CCUCACCAUCAGGUGUAGAGGUGAAAGUGUGGAACUUCCUUCUUAGUGGCCUCAAAGUAAGAUAUUAAAUACCGCUGGUCCCUUAAUAUAUCUGAAGAUAGAGGCCUGUGUUUUAAUCUCAUUGAUUGAUGGAGGAACACUUCAACUCAAUACCUGCUAUUCAUCUCCUUCAACAUACCUUAAGAAGCUUGUGUAUUCAUGAAGACUCCCUGUGGGUAUAUGCAGUUUUUUGGAGAAUCUUACCUAGAAACUAUCCACAACCAAAUUGGGAUUUCCAAGAAGGAGCUUUUGACAGGUCAAGAGGAAACAGGAGGAAUUGGAUACUGGUAUGGGAGGAUGGCUUCUGCAACUUCAUUGCUUCAACCACUGAGAUUAAUCCUGGAGCAGGAUCCUCAGUUCACAGAAACUCUGAAGUUAGACUCCUCGAACUGCAACCAGAGCUAUUUUUCAAGAUGUCACAUGAAAUCUACAAAUAUGGAGAGGACUUGAUUGGAAAAGUUGCUGCAGAUCAUAGUCAUAAAUGGAUUUACAAAGAACAUAGUGAUCCAGAAAACAAUCUUUUCUCUGCAUGGCAAAACUCAGGAGACCUUCAUCCAAGGACAUGGAGGGCUCAGUUUCAGACCGGUAUAAAGACAAUAGCUUUGAUUGCAGUGAAGGAAGGCGUUCUUCAAUUGGGAUCUGUUAAAAAGGUGACAGAAGACCUCAAUUAUGUUACUAUCCUACAAAAGAAAUUCACUCAUCUCCUUAGUAUCCCCGGUUUCCUCCUACCUCAUCCAGCAUCAUGGUCAUCGUCAUCAAUUCCAUCCAAGAUUAAUUGUGGCAGUGACAACAUUGUGUCCAACACCUGUCCUUUCCAAGCAGCUUGCCCUCCCCUGACAGCAAUGAAUUUCUAUGAUCAUGCCAAUCAGCCAAUGGUUAUCACUCCAUCUAUGAGCAGCCUUGAGGCACUCCUCUCAAAGCUCCCAUCUGUUGAGCCAACACCGUCCACACCUUUGUCUGGCUACCAUGAUACACCACCAAGGCUAAUAUCCAUCCAAAAGCCACUGGAACUGGAUAUCGAGGUGGUAGCAAUGGAGAUAAAUGAAAGGAAAGAACAUUAGUGAGACUAGCAGUUUCAUGUACUGGUAUCAUUACUGCUGGCUAUGUAAGAUGAUAUAAGAUCAGGUGAGGUACCUUCUAACCUGUCAAUUUUCAGUAUGUCCCAUUAUUGAUUUAUCCUGUCACUGGUAUAUCAUGUGCAGUUGUUCCAGGUAGAA